GAUUUAGAAGAGAAUGCCAGAUUUACGGGCACCUGAAUUCUUAUUCGAUAUUUUCACGUUGGAUCGAGUUACGUUAGAAAAACUUCACGGUCGAGGCGUCGAUUAACGACCGACAAUGUCAUCGAGUGAAAAUCCUUAUUGAACGUGACACACUACAUGGUUUAUCGAUCGAAAUGAUUCAUUUAUAUACGCGUCUAACGAAAUGCAGUUAUUCUUUGAUUGGAUGUAUUAAAGAACAUACAUAUGUUAGAUUCAGUUAACACGAUUGCCAUACGAAUUUUAUGUACAUAUUUUACACUGUCAAUCUUAAUGGAUUAAAAUAUACUACACUAUAAUUUUUGUUAAAUAUUGUGUUCUAUUUGCGCACUUUCUCUCUGACAGUAUUAUCAAAGUCAUUCACAUUGUUGACAAUUUCUUAGUUCGCGAAAUUUAUUUUAACCUCAAAAAUUUAGUAACGUAGAUCAUUGAUGACCAUCGUGGCAAUCAACGUGUUAAACUGAUUGUACCUCGUAAUUUUGUGAGAAAUGUAUACAUACAACGAAGAGAUACACAGAAUGCCGAGGGAUAUGUAUUCCUGGAAUAUAGCCACAGGUUUUGGGUGAAAAAGAGGCAACAACGAGUAUUGAUGAUAUUAGAUAGCAAAAAUGUAGAGUAUGAGACAAUUGAUAUAACAGAACCAGGGAAGGAGAUGGAAAAGGAAUUUAUGCAAUCUAAUGGUAUUGCGAGAGAUAGUAAAUAUCCAUUACCUCCACAGAUAUUUAAUGAAGAUGAAUACUGUGGGGAUUAUGAAGAUUUUGAUUUGGCAAAUGAAAUGGAUGAAUUGGAAGAAUUUUUGAAAGUGGAACCAUCUGCUAGUGGAAAAGAAAAUGUUCCUGAUUCAAAACAAAGUGAAGAAAUUCAAGAAAAUGGAAAUACUACAAGUCGAGAGCCUUCCACAGACAAAGAAGCAGCUGCAAUACAAGCAGAAAGUGUUGAAGAAAGAACAACUUUACCAAGUGAAAAUGUACAGUCAGAUGAACCUAAAUCUAUAGAAAAUGAUGGUGAAACAAAACCUGAAGAAGAUACUACGGAACAUACAGAAGAAAAUGUUGAAAAAAAUGAAGAGAAAUCUGGUGAUCAAGAGAAAGAAGAGUAGAUGUGAAAUAAACCCAUAUGAUUGUGGGACAUUUUAUAUUUCUUUAAAAUCCUUGGUUUUCCACCGGAAAGGAUAUUUUAUAAAAGCUAUAUUUAUCACACUUCUAAGGCUGAGUGAAGGUACUGCCAAGAUAAUAUUUCUGCUUUCUGCAGAAAAUAUAGUUAACAGUAUAAAUGAAGCAUAAGCGAUACUUUUAUAGAAAUAUUUUAUAUUUGAAAUCGAGCAUGUUUUCACCAUCAGAUUUUUUAUCUGACUAGAAGAUAAUGAAUUUCACUUUUCUUCAUAUCAGUAGAUAAUAUAAAUUUUUUAAUUUCUUAUGCUGAUAUUUUACAUUGUUUAUAUUAUAUUUUAUUCUUUAUUUUUAAACAAAGCUCUAAUAUCGUGCUAGGAGUAAUAAAUUUUCAGUAUUGAGAACGCUUUUUUGUCCUGUUACUCGCUAAAACUAUAGCAAUGAAUUUUAGAUAGAUAAAUCCUACUUAGAAAUUUAUUUUUUUGUCUCAAAUUUCUUAUUCAUUAAUUAUUCUUAAUCAUUUUAUAAUUACAUUAAACUGUUUUUAAGAGUUUAUUAAGUAUCCAUGUAUAUUUAUCAGUGGUCCAAGCUAUAAAUUGUAGACUUACCAUUUGUACUGAAGAAUGGCUUCCAUUUACAAUGAUUUGGUCUUAAAUUGUACUAGUGUCAUUUGAUUGGUUUUGUACGAAAUUUCUAAAAAUAUAGAUUCUUAGUGUGUAGUAAGUUCGGACAGUACGACACUCAGUUUUGUAUGAAAUGCAAUUCUUAUAAAAGACGACACGAAAUUAGUUAUAAUAGGUUGUACCGAUGAUAUCGUAUGCACUAACGAUUUUUUAUGGUCAAAUGCAUCCUAAAAUAAUUUUCGCUAUUACUUCCAAAAAACGUUAGGCUUAAUAUAGGUCAGAUUUCUUAGUUGCACGUGAUAUAUCUGAUAAAUUUGUUUAAUUUGUUACGAUUAUAUUUAUAAUCUAAUUCGCAUAGAUAUUCCGUAAUUGAAAACAGAAAUAGGGUAACUUAUAGCUGAUUUCCUUUUCUCAUGCUGAAAAUGUUUACUUAUGAGAUCAAAAAUGAGUGAAAGUUUAAUGGAGAUGUUAAAACCCUUUUAUCAAAGGCCUAUUCAUUAUUGUUUGUACAAAAAAUUUAAUAUUGACAACAUAUAUUUAUGCAGUGUUACUCAUCCAAACAGCUUGACAUAGUUUGUUUUACAAUAUACACACUUACUGAUCAGGUAAUAGACGGGUAUUAAUCACGAACAAAUUCAAAGCUUUACGCGAGUGUUAUGAACUGUUUUAUUAUGAAAUGAAGGUGUAAAAUAUCAAGUUCAUUACACUACGUUUAUGCAUGAGAUAAAAAGCCUGACUAAUUUUAAUAUAACGUACCGCAGCUUUUGAAUAUCAAAUAUAUGCUAUUAAAAUCAGACUAGGAAAAAAAGAGAAAUUAAAAAGCUUUACACAUACGAAUCAAAAUGUCCACCUCGUUCUUAUUAGAGAAUGAUAUAUUCACGAGCAACAGGUGUUGGACAUGAGCAUCACAGUUAAUAAAUUUUAACAUUAUAUGUAUUGAAAAUAUAUAUUUACAAGAGCAAUGUUCAUUAUACAUGAUAUAUAUAAGUCAUGCCAAUCAUUGUUACAUACAUAUAAAAAUUUACUAAUAAAUACCAUAAUAGAGAAGUUUAAAAA